CUGCUGCCUCUCUGCUGUUUUGUGAUCUCUGUCAAAUAAAUAAAAUCUUAAAUUAAAAAAAAUGAUAAUCUGAAAGCUGGGGUGCCUGUCCCUUAGGCCUUGUCAGCUGACAAAGCAGAAAAUGUAUUUUUGUUAACUCUGCCCGUACUCUCGGCUGCAAAGGUCUCUGUAUAUGUCAGAUACUCAGGGACACUGGAGUCCACCCUGAUGUCCAGCCCCAGUCCACACCACAGGGCUCGCGCAGCUAGCUUUUCUUGCUUAUCUGUAAUCUCUCAGCGAAGCAGUGACUGCUCCCCCACCACCACCUGCUGUCCUCGUCCAGCCCAGCCAGUGCGGGGCCGCACACCCCGCGUAUGGGGCUCGCCUGCGGUUUCGCAGGUGUUCUGAGGUGCUCUCUCCACCUUCGGGAUGGAGGUAGACCUUGGGUGAACGUUAGAAGGUUGAACUAAAAUUAUCUUCUGUUUCCCCCACAGCCCCUGUUGAUUAGAAUUCUGAAUUUCUUAGUCCUGCGGUAACAUCCGUUUCUGUGCGCAAGUUUAGCCCUUUAGGCAGGAUGGUGGCAUCGUGCUGUUGAGUUGAUUCGUAUUUUCCUCCAUUUGCCACCAGUGUCACCGUUUUAUUUUCUCCCCAUAGAAAGAAGUUUUGGUACGAAGGUCCUUCCUUGGGCUCUCACUUGAGCAAGUCCCGCGUGCAGUUGUGACUCUGCCCUUUCUGUUCUGCGCGGAGAUGUACAAGCCGUCCCGGCUGGAGUUCCUAACGAAGAGCGCCGCGAAGAAGACCAGGAGGGACGAGCACGUGCGCCUGCGGGCUCUGAACGGCCUCCUCUACAAAGCGCUCACGGACCUGCUGUGCACCCCGCAAGUGAGCCAGGAGAUCUGUGACCUGAACGUGCAGCUCUCCAAGGUGUCUCUGACCGCAGACUUCUCCGCCUGCCGCGUGUACUGGAGGUCCGAGGUCCCCGCGGAGCAGAAUGCCAGCACGGAGGCCGUCCUGCAGAGGAGUGCCGCCCACAUGAGGCACCUUUUGAUGUCCCAGCAGACCCUGAGGAACGUGCCGCCGAUCGUGUUCAUUCGGGACAAGGGAGACGCAGCUCUGGCAGAGGUCGAGCGGCUGCUGGCUGUGGCUGAUCUGGGACCCCGGGAUGAGAAAGACGACUCCGUGCAAGACGACGUCGGCGGCGCCAGGGCCUGGGACGCUCCUGCUCCGCGAGGCACCCCGACCUCUGCCACGUGCUCAAGUCUGUGUGGGAUCGAUCAUGAGGCGCUCAACAAACAAAUCAUGGAGUACAAGAGGAAGCAAGGGCACAGGACUGUGAGUCCUGAGGAGUCGCGGCUGACGGCUGAUCUGGCGGCGGAGACGAGAGAGGGGAAGGUGGCAGCCACACCCUGUGCAGAUGGGGAUCUCUGCCCCAGGAAUCACCUGCUGGGGGCGGCGGGCGGCAACCCCAGCCCUGACCUGGGGGGCCCCCAGGGUGUGGACAGCAGCCCCAAGCAGCAGGGCAGGCGGCGGCCAGGGGCAGAGAGCGGGGCGUGGGGAGGGGGUGGGCCCUGAAUGUCAGCCGUGCUGGCAGAAUGCAGGGCUCCACGGGGGCUGUGCUGCCCCCCACACAGGUGCACUUGGACCUUGCAUUGAGAAGGGCGGUGGUCGUGGGAAGCGUGGGACAGUCUGUCAGCUGGACGCCGUCGGUCCUUCUCACGAGUGCCCGCACGGGCGUACCCUGCUCGGAUGUGCCAGGGACUCGUGGGGACUCGAGGCUGUUGUGCGGCCCCCGCGCAUGGGUUCGUGGUUGGGACGGCCGAACAUCGUCCCCUUGUUGGCACGGGUGUCCGAUCGUGCCCCACACGUCAUGCUCACGGUCGGUGUGCCGAAGGAUGGCCCCACGUCCAGUUUCCCUGGGACAGGAGCUCCGUGCUGUGCCCUGUCAGAUGUGUGCUGUCGGCAGGACGUAGAAUAAAUCCUUACCAAGU